AUGAUUUCCGAGCAGGGCUCGCUGAAGCCCUUCAUUGGGGAAUCCGGCAAUCCUUUACUCCCCAAGAGCAGCGGUCUGGAGCUUUCCGGCAUGAAACAUGUCUCGAAUACCAAACAUGCUCAGAAAGUGGCUAUCCACGAGCUGCUGGACUUAGAGGACCUCGACCUCGACCACAGCUCACUGCGCAAAAUACCUGGUUCUAUCCCACCUGUCGCCUACCUGAUCUGUUUGGUUGAGCUCGCCGAAAGAGCGUCUUACUAUGGACUUACCGGAUGUCUAAAUAAUUUCAUCCAGAGACCACUGCCACCGGGCUCGACCACGGGCUCGGUGCUCGAUCCGACCUCAGACGAGAGCGCAGGCGCUCUUGGUCUUGGACUUGGUGUCGCCUCGUUUCUGACGCAAAUGCUCAGCUUUUUGGCCUAUGUCACUCCGUUAUAUGGCGGAUAUGUCGCUGAUACAAAAUACGGCAAAUUCAAGAGCGUCUGGGUAGGCGUGACCAUUGGCUUUUUUGCUCAUAUGGUGCUUGUCGUGGCUUCUUUGCCGUGUGUGAUCAACACCGUCUGGUUGUCUUUGCUUUUGACUGUCGUCAGCAUUGUAGGUAUUGGUUUUAGUGCUGGCUACAUUAAACCGAAUCUUUUCCCUUUGCUGGUGGACCAGUACGCUAUUGACGAGAACUAUAUCAAGGUCCUUCCUACAGGAGAGCGGGUGGUUGUUGACCGAAAUGCCACACUCGAGCGAAUGAGUUUGAUCUACUAUUUCUUUAUCAACUUCGGCUGCUUCGUGGCCAUCUUUUCCUCCAUCAUCGAAAGAGCUUUUGGGUUUUGGAUGACAUAUGGGUUCACUGCUCUCGUGUAUUCGGUCCUUCCAAUAAUGCUUAUUUACCUCAAACCUCGCUUGCAUCUGGGUGAGCCAACAGGCGUGUCAAUUUUUGACGAGGUCAUUCUUUUGCUCAGAGAGCUAUUUCAGUCUGGCUGGAUCUCCAGAAUGCGCCACGGCCAGUUUUGGGACAUCCCAAUCUCCGCAGCUACGCAAAAACUGGCUCCCUCCGUGACGAUCGAUGACUUGAACACCACGUUUCAAUCUUGUGCCAUUUUUCUGUACUUCAUCAUCUUCAACUUGAAUGACGGGUCUAUUGCCUCCAUCCAGAUCAAUCAGGCAGGCUCAAUGAGAACCAAUGGGAUCCCCAAUGAUAUGUUCCAGUCUUUUAACCCUCUAGCAAUCCUGAUAAUCAUCCCAAUCCAGGACUAUGUGCUCUAUCCAUUUCUGCGCAAACGGCGACUUACCUUCCACCCAAUUCAUAAGAUAACCGUUGGAUUUUGUGUCUCGGCUACGGGUACACUAGUUGGGGCAUAUCUCCAAUAUCUAAUUUACAACCGGAGCAAUUGUGGAUGGAACGGAGCCUCCGAUUGUGAAACAGUGGCCCCGAUAUCAGCUUGGUGGUGCUCCCUGAUGUUUGGGCUACAAGCUACCGGAGAAUGCUUCGCGACUGUGACUGCCUACGAGCUAGCAUAUAUGAUGUCAUCUCCGGCAAUGAAAAGCUUUGUGGUGGCCCUCUUCCUAUGUUCGAACGCAAUCUCGAGCGUCAUCGGCGAGAUGAUCAGCUUCUGGGCACACGAUCCCAAUCUGUAUGCCAUCUUCAUGAGCUGUGCACUGCUUGGUUACGGCUUCGCUUUCGUGUUUUUCUUGCAGUUCCGAAACCUACAUAAACAUUUGGAAAAUUGA